CCACAGCUUCAUGUCCCGCCAGGGACGAGACGACCCUGAUCAGUCGAGCAACUUCACAACAGACGAGAUCUCCUAAAGUACGCCAUGGCAUUUUCGCGGCCGCUUUUCACCAUCACCCGCCCUCAGACGGGCCGGGUCGUGCCCCUUAUACCAGCGGAUCUUCUCCCCGAGGGCAUCAUAGUUGGAGGGUACCCGCGCUCUCUGACGCCCCAGGAGAUGAUUGGCACGGUCGAUCUCGGGGUCGUGGAUUCGUGGGAUGGCGGAGCGCAACCGAAUUUGCAACUUUGCAUUAUGCCCGAAGACCCAAGCGACGGACACAAGAUGCACCCGCUGUCGCGCGCGGAUUCUCUCGGAAAAGAUAUCCGAGAUCUUCUCAACGAUUCUUCUGGCAGGAGUUGCGCCUCUGAUCAGAACCCCCAUGCGCCGGACGAGGGCUGCAGUACGCAGGGACUUGUGGCAGAGCUGGAGGCGGAUGCGCACCUCGAUCAAACAAAGUCAGGAACAGCAAGUUCUACUUCGAAGAGGAGGAAGAGUAGAAGAAAGCCAAUACACAAGGGUCGCCGAGCGCGCAUGGCGUCCGUGGCCAAGCGAGAAACAAGCGCCGGUGAGCAAGUACUGCAAGCGACGCCGUCUGCUACGCCCACGGGGGAAGUACACGAAUACAAAGCCUGUGAUAUUCCACCGCCCCCCAAUCAGCAGACCUCUUCUGCUCUUGGGCUGGAGGAUCAUUCUCAUCGGAGGCACAUGGUGCAGGCAUCAGAAGUUGAAGGUCUACCCUUCGAGCACAAUGGGAACGAGCCCGAUGCUAGGAUCACCACGGCAGUAGGCGGCGACAGAAUUGAGGAGGCAAGGGAGGGUUCUACAGGGAACCCCAGAUUCUUGCGAAGCCAGUCCAGCGCUGAAAGCAAGACAUCAGAAAUGAAGCCUGCUCCCACCCCUACUAUACAGGCACAGGAUGAGAAUAGAGCGCCACUGGCCCAAGAAGAACCUGGAGAGAAGGACACGGCUGCAGCGCCAGCAACAUCAUCGUCAAUCCAGGAGGAAGAACUAUUAAUAGAGUUGUGAACGAAAGUUUACCUGCCUUUAUUAUGAUGAUAGAUGCGAUUGCAGAUGAACAUUAACUCCGCUCCGUGCGCUCGGAAAUGCUCACUUGAAGAUGGAUGUAUUUCCGAUACAGAGUGGCC